UUUUUUGAUAAGAUCUUAUUUUGGCCAUCUAGUUGUGUUAAGAAGUUUCAUAGACAUUGGAAUUGAAACCAAUUAAUUAAUUGACAAAAAACAGUCUUAACUAGGGAAACUAGUCCUAACUAGGAAAGCCAUUCUUUAAAUUGUUCUAAAUAUUGGUUAACUUGGAAUCGUCCCAACUUUGGGGGUGUCUUCUUCAAGCAGUAUAUGAUCAGAAUCAAUGUGCUUGUGUCAUAUUUUCAUCCGCCUUUCCCUUUUUUCAAACGCGCACACACACGACCCACUGACCUGACCUUCACCUUCUAUCUAUACUGAUAUAAAAGUCACGACAAAUAGUCAAAGGAUAGUACGUGAAUAGGGUACAAUCUCAAUUGUUGUGAUAAUAAAAGACUGAAGGAAGGAAGUAUAUGUACCCGAGUUUUUGGUCAUACAUACGUCAUUCACGAGCAGUUAGAGAAGAUAUCAUCGAAGUUGGUACUAGCUGUAGAUAAUCAAUAGAUGACAAUGUUUUUAAACACAAAUGGGCUGUAAUGUGAAUAAUAUAUCUGCUUGUGGAGGCAUAUGGUUAAGCUUUGUAUGUCUCUAUCUUACCUUACACUAAACGUGUCCUCAGUAGCUAUCAUUGUAUUUUAAGGACUAAUCCGUUGUUGGUUGUGUGAUUUUUUGUAGUUCCUGCAAAGUAGUGGUUGAAUUUUUUUGUCAACUUUUGUCCUCUAGUAAAUAGCAUGUAUAUAUUGUUGUAAGAUGUAAAAUCAUUUGAAGUAUUUAGUUUUCCUUCAGUUUCAUUGUAUCUUGAACCAUAUUGUCUCUGAAUGCAAACUAAUUUAGUCCUGUUUGAUUUAAAUUGUUGGCCUGAUACUGGGAAUCGUCUUCAGAAAAGUCAUCAGAAUUUAGUCAUGGGUGCUGUUGAUAGUCCCAAAACCAAUAAAGAAAAUCCAUUGCCAUCAGAGGCAACGAAGAUCCUUCAGUCAAUAGCUUCAAAAUGGAGUGAUGUAGCUGAUCCAAAUGCUUUACAAGUGAUUCGACUCAAGGGGGCAAUGACCAAUGAAGUAUAUCAAAUCAAGUGGCCAACCAAAGCUGGGGAAAUGUCUCGGAAGGUCUUAGUCAGAAUAUAUGGUGAGGGUGUGGACGUCUUUUUUAAUAGGGAGGAUGAGAUUAAGACUUUUGAGUGUAUGUCAAAGCAUGGCCAGGGGCCUCGUUUAUUGGGGCGUUUUUCAACUGGGAGGAUUGAGGAGUUUAUUCGCGCAAGGACAUUAUCAGCAGCUGAUAUGCGUGAUCCAGAUAUAUCUCCACUUAUAGCUGCUAAACUCAGAGAAUUCCAUGAUCUUGACAUGCCUGGAUCCAAAGUUAUUAAACUCUGGGAUCGAUUACGUAAUUGGUUGAAUACAGCCAAACUAUUAUGUUCCCAAGAAGAAGCUGAGGCAUUUCGCUUGAAUGCUCUUGAGGAAGAAAUCUCUGAAUUGGAAAGGAAGCUUACUAGCAAUCACUGCAUAGGAUUUUGCCACAAUGACCUGCAGUAUGGUAACAUAAUGAUGGAUGAACAAACAAAGUCAAUAACUAUAAUAGAUUACGAAUAUUCUAGCUACAAUCCUAUUGCAUUUGAUAUAGCCAAUCACUUCUGUGAGAUGGCUGCUGACUACCAUUCAGAAAUUCCUCAUCUUCUGGACUAUAACAAAUACCCUGGUUUAGAGGAGCGUCAAAGGUUUAUACACAUAUAUCUGAGCUCCUCAGGAAACCAGUCCAAUGAUUGUGAAGCUGGACAGCUGCUUGAAGAUGUUGAGAAGUAUACUCUUGCAAGCCAUUUGUGGUGGGGACUAUGGGGCAUAAUAUCGCAUUAUGUGAACGAAAUUGAAUUUGAUUACUUGGAGUAUGGAAGGCAAAGGUUCCAACGGUUUUGGCAGAGGAAGUCGGAGCUGUUAGGUUGUUCUUGACCUGCGCAAUGCUGGCAGAUGCGAGUGGUAUAGAGAUUUAAAAGCGAGCAGAGUGCUUUUUUGGCUGAUGGAGGUGUUGAUGACUACUUUGCUUGGUGCUUGUAAUUAGCAAGAAACAUAAACUUUUAUAGGUGUUCUUUGUUCAUACUCUUCAUAGCUUGCCUUGGAGGAGCAUAAAUCAAAAUGUGAUGUAAAUUCUAUGUCUGCAUCCCUGAGACCCUGACUAAUCUCUAGUUCCUAGCCAUUUAGUGGCUUCUCUUCGGCAUUUUUGAAUAGUGCAUAUUAAAUGCGUAAGGGCUAAGUUGGCUGACAUACGUUCUUUUCGCUCUCUCCUGUAUUGUAAAUAUGUUUUCUAGUGUGAUAGGUUUAACCUUUCUCUUUUGUCUUAAGCAGUUGCACAUACAGUUCGGCAUUUGAGAAUCCUUUUAUCAGUGAACAUUUUAACCUA